UUUUGAAUUUGUGGGUACGAGUAUUAAACUUUAGAAAAUCGCUUACUAUGCAAAUUAAUGCUAACGUGAUGUUUACAAUUUUAAAUAACUAUAGCAUGAUUCAUAAUUUUUAAUGCAAGUUGAUUAGUCGAGAUGGGAUUAUUGGACAAAUUGGUCAACAUAUUUGGUUUAAAGAAGAGGGAAGUAAAGAUAUUAGUUGUAGGCUUGAAUAACAGCGGAAAAUCAACGGUAGUCAACAAUCUAAAGUCAGAUGACACCAAGGCUAGUGAAAUUGUCCCAACUCUUGGCCUCAAUGUGGAUAAAUUCAAACACCAAAAUGUCACCUUUACUGCUUUCGACAUGUCUGGACAGGGGCGUUACAGGGAUCUUUGGGAACAUUAUUACAAGGACUGUGAGGGCAUAAUCUUCGUAAUAGACAGCAGCGAUAGACUCCGAUUGGCCGUCGUGAGGGAUGAGUUGGACCUUUUGCUGCAACAUCCGGACAUAGCCACACGUCAGAUCCCCAUUCUGUUCUUCAGCAACAAGAUGGACUUGCGAGAAGCAUUAUCCAGCGUCAAGAUAGCUGCAGGUCUGGGACUAGAGCAGAUCAUGGACAAACCUUGGCACAUUUGCGCCACCAACGCUCUCACAGGCGAGGGUCUCCAGGAAGGCAUGGAGUGGUUCACCCAGCAGAUCUGUGAUCGCAGCUGAACCAGCUUGUAGGGUAGAGUAAACAUAUUUCUGCAGUUUAUUUUCACAUUCUCCUCCUAUACAUAGAAUAUUGAGAAGGUGUUGUUUUCGUGAACAUUUUUGAGUGGAUAUAUCCGUUUUGGGUCCCCCUGAACCCAAAAAAGUGG